UUUUCUAUCUCUAUUAAUAGCUAUUCUAACUAAUAUCUAUAUCAAAGAGACUGCAAACUUUUUUGCAGAAAUGAUUAGCAAAAAUGUGCAGACCAUUUUAGUAAUCAUCCACUUAACUUUUUGUUCUUCCUUUGACACCAUUUCUAUGAAUCAAACCAUUAGAGACGGAGACUUUCUUAUCUCUAAAGAAAAUAACUUCAAACUUGGUUUUUUUAGCCCUGCAAAUUCCAACCUGAGAUAUCUUGGAAUAUGGUACCAUAAAGUCAGACAACAAACUGUUGUAUGGGUAGCAAAUAGAAACCAUGGAAUCAAUGGCUUGUCGGGAAUUUUGUCCGUAAAUCGCAAAGGAAACCUCGUUUUGUUUGACAGGAAAGUGACGAUAUGGUCGACAAAUGUUUCGGUUGAGACGACGAAGAGUAGUAGUAGUUUUGAAGCUCAGCUGUUGGAUUCAGGAAAUUUGGUUGUGGUGGAAGGAAAAAGUAAGAAUGAUUAUUUCUGGCAGAGCUUUGAUUAUCCUACAGACACUCUGCUACCAGGUAUGAAACUCGGGCUGAACCGAAGAACGGGUCUGCGCUGGAUUAUAACGUCGUGGAAAUCAGCAAGUGAUCCUGCAAUAGGGGAAUAUUCGCUGGAAAUCAACCCGACGGGAUCUCCCCAGACCUUCAUCUACAAGGGCGGAACCCCAAUUUGGAGAGGCAUUCCAGGGCCACCAGUAACUUUUGUGGAUGUAAGGAACUACAGUUUCGUCAACAACGAAGAAGAAAUCGCCUUUUUUUUCUUUAUUCUCGACGAUUCUGUUAUCCUGAGAAGUGUUUUGGACUACUCAGGAUUUCACAAGCACGAGACUUGGCAUGAAACGGAGGAAAAAUGGAAGGAUAUCUGGUAUGCACCCAAGCACGAAUGUGAUUCGUAUAGACAUUGCGGUAUCUAUAGCAGGUGUGAUCCUACGCAUGCUAUUAGUCGAUUAUUCGAAUGCCAUUGCUUACCUGGUUUUGAACCGAAAAACCCAAGAGAUUGGAACAUUCUGAGAGAUGGAUCUGGCGGGUGUGUUAGAAAACGGCAGGAACCGUCUUGCACGGAUGGAUUCGGGUUUGUGAAGCUGGAACAUGUUAAAGUUCCUGAUACACGAGCAGCAGUUUGGGUGGACAUGACGAGCACAAGUCGAAAGGAUUGUGAAAACGAAUGCCGAAAGAAUUGUUCAUGCGCCGCCUUUGCAAGCAUAGUAAUCGUCGAGAAAGGCUCCGGUUGCUUCGUUUGGUUCGGCGAAUUGAUUGAUACAGUUGGUAACUUCGGCGUAGGAUACGAUCUUUAUGUUCGUGUUGAUGCACAAGAAUUAGCAUCUUCCAAGAAAUCAAAAAGAAUACUUGGAAUGGAGAGUAUGGUUUUCAUUUUAGUACUCUCAAUUGUUUCAGCUUGGCUUAUGCUUCUCUUAAUUGCAUAUUUGGUAGUCAAGAGAAGAAGAACAAGGGUGAGAGAUAGACUGAAGCAAAGGUUUUUAGGGGAUUUUCGUCGAAGAUUUCAAUCGAAUGAAGUUGCCGAAGAUGGUGAAGGUCCUCUAGACACAACGAUUUACAAUUACACGACUGUACUUGCUGCAACUAACAGUUUUUCCCCGAGUAACAAAAUUGGACAAGGCGGUUUUGGCUCUGUUUAUAAGGGACAACUAGAUAAUGGACAGGAGAUUGCUGUGAAAAGGUUGGGGCCAAAUUCAGGGCAAGGAAUAGAAGAAUUUAAAAAUGAAAUUAUGUUAAUUGCAAAACUUCAACACAAGAAUCUUGUCAAACUUUUAGGAUGCUGCAUGGAAGGAGAUGAUGCCAUGUUAAUUUAUGAAUAUUUGUCAAACAAAAGCUUGGACUUUUUGCUCUUUGACGAAGUUAGAAGGUCAAACUUAAAUUGGAGAAAACGCUUCAAUAUUAUUGUUGGAAUAGCUCGCGGAAUUUUAUAUCUGCAUCAAGAUUCAAGAGUGAGAAUUAUUCACAGAGACUUGAAAACUAGCAAUAUUCUAUUGGAUGAAGAGAUGAAUCCAAAAAUUUCAGAUUUUGGUAUGGCGAGAAUAUCUAAAGACGGACAAAUUCAAGAAAAAACCACAAAAGUUGUUGGAACAUUUGGUUACAUGCCGCCUGAAUAUAUUUUGUUCGGAAGAUAUUCGAUAAAAUCUGAUGUGUAUAGCUACGGUGUGAUAUUGUUGGAGAUCAUUUCCGGCAAGAAGAACAAUAAUUUUUCCCAAGAGGAUCCUUCUUUAACCUUAAUAGAACAUACUUGGGAAUUAUGGAAGGAGAAUAAAGCAUUGGAAAUAGUUGAUCGAUUACUUGAGGAGUCAUAUGAUUAUGAUGAAGUCUUGAGAUACAUUCAAAUCGGACUCUUAUGUGUUCAACAAGAUGAAACUGAUAGACCGAGCAUGUUCGAUGUUGUUCUCAUGUUAAAUAGUGAAAUACCUCUUCCUACACCUAAAAAACCUGCAUUCGUUACUCGUAAAAGUUUGUGUAACAACUCCGAAUUUUUGAUGAGAGACGAAAUAGCGUGUUCAAUAAAUGAUAUGACAAUCACGAUGAUGGUAAGUCGCUAAAAAUACUGAAGUUGUGAUAACAUUUAGGAUUUUUAAAAUAUUUUUAUGAUAUAUAACUUGUAAUUAAAUUUCUAGUUUUUAUGUUGAUUGAAAUUCUUUGAUACAUUAGGUUAUCUCUAGGCGCCUAUCUAUGUAUAUUUGAGAAUAGUUCUAAAUGAAAAUAGAGUCGUUUUUACUUCAA